CGCCCAUAUAUACAUAGACAUAGAGCGGAGGGGGAGGGGAGGCGUCGACAGGAUUAUGUCGAGCCAGGCCUGGGCCGCCGCCGCCGCCGCGCCAGGCAGAGCCCUGAGUCCUAAUCUUGUGCUGGCAACGGUGGCCGCUGCGGAUAUGGCCGAGUCCUCGCCGGCCUCCAGUUCUACCUUAGGCACCGGCAGCGUUUCUCUGCCACUGAUUGAGUCAGAAUUAUACUUCCUCAUAGCUCGGUUCUUGACCACUGGGCCUUGCAGGAGAACAGCUGAGGUGCUGGUGCAAGAACUGGAACAGCACCAGUUACUUCCUAAAAGAUUGGAUUGGGAAGGAAAAGAGCAUUGCAGAAGUUAUGAAGACUUGGUCUUAUCUAACAAACAUGUGGCUCCAGACCACUUGCUGCAAAUUUGCAAGAGGAUUGGCCCUGUUCUGGAUAAGGAGAUUCCACCCAGCAUUCCGAGAGUGAACUCAUUGCUAGGUGCAGGGAAGCAAUCCUUGCUGCGCACAGCAAAAGAUUGCAGAAACACAGUUUGGAAGGGCUCAGUCCUUGCUGCCCUUCACAGAGGAAGACCCCCUGAAAUGCCUGUUAAUUGUGCUACACUACCAAAUCUAGUGGAAGAAAAUUAUGCAAAACAUUUGACCGGAUGUACAAGAUCCAGUUCUGCAUUCCCAGGAAACAUGUAUCAGCAUAUAAAGAUGCAUAGACGAAUUCUGGGUCAUCUCUCUGCAGUUUACUGUGUGGCUUUUGAUAGAACAGGCCACAGGAUAUUCACUGGGUCAGAUGACUGUUUGGUAAAAAUUUGGUCCACACACAAUGGUCGGUUGCUUGCUACACUGAGAGGUCAUUCAGCAGAGAUCUCUGAUAUGGCUGUGAAUUAUGAAAACACAAUGAUUGCUGCUGGCAGUUGUGAUAAAAUUAUCAGGGUUUGGUGUCUCAGAACAUGUGCCCCAAUUGCUGUUCUACAAGGACACACAGGAUCGAUUACGUCUCUGCAAUUUAGCCCAUUGGUCAGAGACUCCAUGAGAUACAUGGCUUCAACAGGUGUAGAUGGAACAGUUUGCUUCUGGCAAUGGGAUACCAUUUCUAUGAAAUUCAAUAACCGGCCACUGAAAUUCACAGAAAAGCCUAGACCUGGAGUUCAAAUGCUCUGUUCUUCCUUCAGUGUUGGUGGAAUGUUCCUAGCAACCGGCAGUACUGACCAUGUUAUUAGAAUGUAUUAUUUUGGUUCUGAAACACCUGAAAAAAUUGCAGAGUUGGAGAGUCAUGCUGAUAAAGUUGACAGCAUUCAGUUUUCGAAUGGUGAUGAUAGGUUCAUAAGUGGCAGCAGAGAUGGAACAGCCCGAAUCUGGCGAUUCCAGCAAGCUGAGUGGAAGAGCAUUUUGUUGGAUAUGGCUGACAAAUUACCUAGUGGUUUGUGUUCAGAAGAGGAUAAAUUUAUGAAGCCCAAAGUGACCAUGAUAGCCUGGAGUCAAAAUGAUAACUUGGUGGCUACUGCUGUGAACAAUCAUCUACUCAAAGUGUGGAAUUCUUACACUGGACAGCUGCUUCAUGAUCUCACGGGGCAUGUGGAUGAAGUGUUCGUUUUGGAGCCCCACCCAUUUGAUUCCAGAAUUAUGUUGUCUGCAGGCCAUGAUGGCAAUAUCUUUAUCUGGGAUAUAACAAAAGGCAUUCAAAUAAAACAUUAUUUUAACAUAAUUGAAGGACAAGGUCAUGGUGCUGUCUUUGAUUGCAAAUUUUCAUCAGAUGGACAACACUUUGCUUGUACAGAUUCUCAUGGACAUCUUUUGAUAUUUGGCUUUGGUUGUAGCAAACAUUAUGAAAAGAUUCCUGAUCAGAUGUUCUUCCAUACUGACUACCGACCACUGAUUCGCGAUUCUAACAAUUAUGUCCUAGAUGAGCAAACUCAACAGGCUCCUCACCUUAUGCCCCCACCAUUCCUGGUAGAUGUGGAUGGGAACCCUCACCCAACAAAAUACCAGCGGUUGGUACCAGGGAGAGAGAAUUGUGCAGAUGAGCAUCUGAUACCUCAACUGGGAUAUGUAGCAACAAUUGAUGGAGAGGUUGUGGAGCAAGUAAUCGGUCAACAGACUGCUGAUCAAGAUGAACAAGGACAGGAACCCAGCAUACUUGAUGGCAUGAUUAGGCAGCUACAACAAGAGCAAGACCAAAGAACUGGUACAGAUCAAGACAUUCUAUCACCUGGACCACAAAACAUUGAAGGAACACCUAGAAGAGAUUUCCGAAGGCCAAGUCUAGAUAUCCAGUCGCCUCCUAAUAUUGGCUUGCGGCGUAGUGGUCAAGUGGAAGGUGUGCGUCAGAUGCAUCAGAAUGCUCCAAGGAGUCAGAUUGCCACAGAGAGAGAUCUACAAGCUUGGAGACGGAGAGUAGUUGUUCCAGAACUAGCAUCUGGCAUUUUCAGAAAUCAGAAGGUGUAUAGGAUUGCAAAAGGAGAAGAAGAGAAAUGGUUGUAUAAGACUGAGCUAAAAAGGAAAAUGUUUCAGGCUUCAGAAAAGAGUGAUUCUGAAGAGUCACUGAUGCAAUCCAAAAGAAGGCUUCAUAGACGUAAAUAUGCAACAUAUAGAACACGGAAUAAUAUUCAACAAUCAGAUUCUUCUAGUGAAAAUGUAGAUGACUCUUUUCAUCUCAUAGAACAGGAGGCAGAAGAAAGUGAUGUUUUGAGUUUGUCUUCUCAUGAAGAAGAAUGGAAGAGUGACAAAAAAACCAACAGUAAUAGUUCCAGUGACUCUUCAAGCCAGUAUUCUGACUGGAUUGCUGAUGCAGGGAUUAACCUGCAGCCCCCUGUAAGAACUUCUCGUCGCAGAACUGUCAGAUAUUGUAGUUCUUCUGAAGAUGAAGUCUCACUGGAAAAAAUGUUUCCACCAAAGAGGAGGAAAAAAAGGCGGAAAAAAUACAAACCAAAGGGGCAUAAGGAGGACUUGCAAGUGAACACUCCCCAGCAGUUGACAUCCCCCGAACUUUCCUCUGAGUUCCAGCCUCCUGACUGGAUAACAGACAUCAGACUCCGAAGGUCUCCUUUUGUCCCACAAAUGGGUGAUGAGGUGGUAUAUUUUCGACAAGGUCAUGAAGCUUAUAUUGAAGCAGUGAGAAAAAACAAUAUUUAUAAAUUAAAUCCUCACAAGGAGCCAUGGAGAAAAAUGAUUCUUAGGGAACAAGAAUUGGUCAAAAUUGUUGGGUUACGUUAUGAAGUUGGGCCUCCUACACUAUGCUGUCUCAAGCUUAAUCUUAUGGAUCAUGUUACAGGGCAGCUUCUGGAUAAAUCAUUUUCUCUCAAAUACCAUGAUAUGCCAGAUGUUAUUGACUUCCUUGUGUUACGUCAGUUCUAUGAAGAAUCACGACAACAAAACUGGCAACCUUGUGACCGCUUCCGUUCAAUUAUUGAUGAUGCUUGGUGGUUUGGAACUGUCUUAAGUCAAGAGCCGUAUCAGCUACAAUAUCCAGACAGCCCUUUUCAGUGUUACAGUGUUAAAUGGGACAAUGGUGAAACUGAAAGACUUAGUCCAUGGGAUAUGGAACCAAUUCCAGAGAAUGUAGUUGAUCAGCCUGAGGAAUUGGGAGCUAGUGUUUCUGUGACUGCUGAAGAAAUGUCAAAACUAUUAUACAAACCUCAGAAGGGAGAAUGGCAGGGAAAGUCCCAGGAUGAAGAGUGUGAAAGGAUUAUUUCUGGAAUUGAUCAGCUUUUGAAACUUGAUAUUGCAGCAGCAUUUGCUGGUCCUGUUGAUCUGAACACAUAUCCAAAGUACAGUACAGUAAUAGCUUAUCCGACAGACCUUUGGACUAUCCGCAUGAGACUAGUCAACCAAUUUUACAGGAGAAUUUCUGCAUUGAUUUGGGAAGUAAGGUGUAUUGAAAGCAAUGCCCUAACUUUCAAUGAACCCAACAGUACUAUUGCUAGGUCUGCUCAAAAAAUCACAGAUCAGCUCCUAGAAUUCAUCAGGAAUCCAAAUUGUACCAGUAUUUUUGAGUUGUGUAUAGCAACCAACAGUGAGGAUAGCAGUGAUGCUGGUGAACUGGAUGAUGAAGAGACUUACAUGCCAAGAGCAUCUUCUAGAAAAAAACAGGUCCUUAGACGGAAAACCACUGCAAAACCCAGCUAUGAUGAAAAUAGUUGGAAGAAACAGUGUAUGGAACUUGUAAAUUUAAUUUUCCAGUGUGAGGAUUCUGAGCCAUUUCGACAACCUGUUGACCUGGAUCAUUACCCAGACUACAGAGAAAUUAUAGAUACACCAAUGGACUUGGGCACAGUGAAAGAGACACUAGAAGCUGGAAAUUAUGAUACUCCAAUGGAACUGUGCAAAGAUAUCAGAUUAAUAUUUAGCAAUGCUAAAGCAUAUACCCCAAACAAAAGGUCUAAGAUAUACAGUAUGACAUUGAGAUUAUCUGCACUGUUUGAGGAAAAAAUGAGAAGAAUCAUUUCUGACUUUAGAACUGGACAAAAAUACAAUGAAAAAUUCCACAACAGUCGGCAACACAACAGGAAGUUGCAAACUCAGAGUGAAACUGUACAGCACUCUACCAAAACACUCAGAAAUGCAAAGCAGAAGCAAUGUAAGUCUCAGGCAAAAAUUCAGUCUGAGCCAGAAGACUCUUCUAACCAAAAUACCUCCAACAGAAAGUUCUGUCUUACAAGCCAUAGCAUGUACCCUAGCAGCUCCAGUCGCAGUAUUGCUGGCAUAUCUUCUGAUUCAACCUCUACAUCAUCUUUUGGAAAAAAAGCACGAUCAAGAAAUAUAUCUGUGACAUGCAGUUCCACAUUGUCAUCAGAAAGUGAAUUAGAACACUCCACAACUGCUUCAUCUUCAAGUAGUUCAGAGGAAAGCAAAGAAAGUUCUGCAGCUCUGUCAUCUCCUGCAAUGCAUAAUGGAAUAAAUGAGAAAAAGAGAAGUAACUUCAGAGUCACUAGAAACAGAGUGUAUCAGCAAAAACAAAUGGCUUCUCAAGAGAAUGGAAAUAGCCAAAGGACUACCAGGAGAAGAAUAUAUGGGAGACAAACUGGCAAUUCAAAAGAGACUUAUGAAACUGUGAGCAAUAGAUGUGGAAGGCACAGAAAAAUUCCACGUAGAAGUGCUACUGUAGCAGCUAAUAAAUUAAGACUGAUGAGUGAUGUAGAAGAGGAGCUCUCUAGCUCAGAAGGUGUUGGUAUUGGAAGCAAAAACAGAAAAUUGCCUCAUCGCACUGCUUCUGCUGCAGCCCGAAAAUUAUUGCGAAAUGACUCUGAGGAAGAAGGUUCCAUGCAAUCUGAAAGUGAUAUAGAGAGAGAACAGUCUAACAGAAGAAAGACCACCAAAGCUGGUUCAGCUCUUGUUAAAAAAAGACAUGUUAGUGAAUCUGAAAGUGGAAGCUCAGAUUCUGAGAGUGAUGUACAAACAGCAUUAAAAAGGCGCCCUGUUAAUGGACAUAAGCAGCUGCACAGAACUGCCCACUCUGUAUCUCCUAAAGUAAAGCCCAUGAUGGACUUCUCAGAAGAUGAUUCCAAAAGUCAUGUGUCAGAGGAUGGGAGCAUUAAAAAAACUUAUCAGUUGGUUUCUGCACACAAAAGCAACUCAGAGGCAGAUUCUGAGCCAGAGAGAUGCAAUGGCUUAGCUAAACAGAACUGUAGAAAGGUAAAAGCUCACAUUAGGAAAGCUAAAGUUUUGAGUGACUCAGAAGAUGGAGUAGAGUCACAGGGAGAGGAUGAAAAUAUCACUUUAUCUCAGAACAGAGACUUUUCUGUAACUUCAAAGCAAUUCAAAACUAGCUCUGAGUGCUUGUCUAAUUUGGAUUCUGGAACUGAUAGCAGCUCAAGAAAAAGCUCAAGAAAAAGAAGGGAACCCAUCAGGAAAGAAUGUGUCCUCCAAGAGAAUGGACUUAGAAGAAAUACCAGAAAAAGAAGAUAUGAAAGUGAUUCUCAGAAAGAAGAGGGGGCUUAUAAAAUGGAAAAUAGUGACCAUGGUGGUUACCAGAAAUUGGCAUCCAGAAGUGCUGCUAUGACAGUUAAUAAAUCAAGACUUAUGAGUCAAGUGGAAGACCUCUCCAGUGCAGAAGUCAGAGGCUGUAGAAACAAGAAUGGAAAACUUAGCCAUCGUAGUGUUGCUCCUACAACCAGAAAGAGUUCAGAUAGUUCAGGGAACGGAAGCCAGCAAUCUGGUGAAGAAAAAGCGGGGCGCUGUAACAGAAGAAAGUGCACUCAGACUGGGUCAGGUGCAGUUUCUACUCGGACUUAUGAUAGUGACUCUGAAAAUAGAACUUCAGAUUCUAACCAUGCUACAAGAAAAAGCAGGCGUAUGAACCCUCAUGGGCAGAAACACAAAACUACAUAUGAAGAACCCCUUGGUCUAAAAUCUAAAGCAGAAGUUUUGGAGAAAAAAUCCAGGGUGGAGGUUUCAGAAAGAAACUUCAAGGGCCAUAUGUCAAAGAACAGAAGUCUUGAUAAACAUCCUGGGUAUAUGCACAAUACUGUUGACCAUUCUGAAUCUGAAGCAGUUUCUGACUUAGACCAAUAUAGUAAUGAAGUUAAGAGGCAAAACAACUAUUGGAGGACUGCAGCUUCCAGGAAAUCAAAAUCCAAAAAUCACGUCCAAGCAGCAACAGAAUAUGAUGUUGAAUAUAGAGGAGAUGGCACAGGGUCUCUGUCAGACAGCAAGGAACCUUCUAAAAGGAAAAAAUCUAAAUGCACAUCAGACUCCAGUUGCUGUUCUGAUCUGGAAAUUGAAAUGUAUUCCAAAAGUAGUAAUUAUAGUGAUGGCACAACACCAUUAAAGAAAAAGAGAAGCAAAGCAGAGGUCAUCAGAAAAGAAUCUUUUUCUCAAGAAAUAUGCCAAAGUCCAAAAGUACUCAGGAAUAGGAAAACGUACAAUUAUGCAGAAUCGAACAUUGAAGCUUUGAAUAUCAAAACACUUAAUGGAAAGAAAAUUACACGCCGAAGUGCUGCUGUAGCUGCAAGUAAAAUUAAACUUAUUAGUGAUGCAAGGGAAGAGCUCUCGAGUUCAGAAGUUGGGUACAGCAGAAACAAGAACAGAAAGCUGCCAUACCGCAAUGCCUCUGCUGCAGCCAGAAAAUUAAUAGAUGAUUUACCUUCAGCUUCUGAAAGUGAAGAAGAAUUGAAGGAAUGUGAGAAUAAAGAAAAAUCAGUUCAGCCCUGUUCUUAUGUGGCUAGAAAAUCUAACAAAGAACCAGAAAAGCAUUUGGCCUCUGAAAAAGAGGGUGCGGUGAAACAAAAGAGCAAACAUAGCAAUAGCUCAAGGCAACAGCGAACUCUUAGAACUAUAUCUCAAGGAUAUCAUAAAACGAAAAAAGAUGCAGUAGAAUUUUCUGAAGAAUCAUCCUCCAGUAGUGCCACAUCUGAGGAGCUGAGAAGUUCAGGUCAGCCAGUGUCCUCAGAUACCCAUAAUGCAACAAACAAUUCUGCACCAGCUUCUACAAUGAGAAAUGAGUUGAGUGAAGGAGGGGGAGGUCAAGGAGGAAGCACGUCAAAGAGCAACAAAUCUGGAACUUCAGGGAACUCAAAAUCUGAGCCAGUUGGCAGUUCCAGUUACUUUUCGGAUUCAGAUUCUCAAACCGAAUCCAAGGACAUUAACAAUAGCAGAGAUAGAAAAACAAAAAAUAGAAAAAGGAAAGCGGUUCCAGCAAGUAAAACAUUAAAUGAUGGCUUUUCUGAACCUUCCAGAACACCCCAGAGAAGGAAACGGCCCAAAGUGAAUGAAGAGAAUGAUUCUGAGGAAUUGGAUUAUACAAAGUAUAAAAGGCUCAACAGAGAAAACUACAUCCUGAGCUCUCCCUAAUGAAUGUGGAGCCUGCAAAUCUGCAUCUGAACAUGGUUGUGCGUCUGUUCCACAAUCCUUGCCACUGAAAGGGCCACAUGCACCUUGGUGCCAUGAGUGGGAACCCAUGCGUCUGUCCAGGGCCGCUGGAUUUUGCACACUUCUGGUUGUCUGUAUGACCACAGCGAGGCUGGGACCAAGAAAUGUGCCUCAGACUAUGCUAUGCAGAGGAAGCUGAAAGAAUUUUCAAUCUGGAGCUGUGACGUGCUGCAGAGCCCUUGCAUGUUUUCCACUUGAAUAGAAGCCAUUGAGCAGGUCUCAGGUUUCAUGGCACAAACAGCGGCUGUGAAGCACAGCAUCUCCUGUGAGCAUCACCGCUGCCACUGAGGGCACUUUUCCAACCAGAUCCAUACAUGGCAUGGAGGUGGAGGAGAGGCCAUGUGUCCUUCCGCUGUGCUGGGGUCAGAGAGGAGAAGGGUACCACAGAAGUUCAGAAAAAGGAUGAGGAAAUGUGGAUCUGGGAUCUCCUGCCCGUGUACCGCAGUUGCUUCCCCGGCUUGGCGUACUCGUUCUUCCUCUAGCCCUGAGUGGACAAGUGGGCACAGUUUGCUUCUCCAUCUCGAGCACCCCGGUCCUUACUAGGGCUGGUACAAGCAAGUCCAGAAGGAAGCCAAGCUGCCUUGCAUAAUCCACCUCCUCUUCUCAUCACAACAACCCUGUGAGAUACGCUUAUGGCUGCAUUCCUUUCCAUAAUUACCUGAGCGUGCAUACUCUUGAAUCCAAGAAGAUUUACUUCUGGCUAAACAUGCAUAGGAAUAUAAUUUGAAAGUACAUGAGCUUCAAUUAUUGUCACAAGUUUUUUCAAGAACAACAUGUAUAUGAACAAUGACUUCCAACCAGAAAGGAGUCCAGUGUUAAAAUAUAAUAUCCUAUUUACUUCAAGAGCAGAUGUUGAAGCCCUUCAGUUGAUCAGAAAUGAGUCUUACUCCCAGGAAAAUGGACAUAGGACUGCAGCCUAGAGAUGGAGGCAGACCAGAUCGGUUCUUAAUAAAGCAACAAUUGUUCGAGACUCAAGCCUGGAUGAGCAGGCGGAUCUGGCACGCAUUCCAGAGGCCUGGCUGGAUGAAGCCGAGUCUCCCACCAGGUCACAGGCUGCUUGCAAGUUGUACCAACAAAGGAGGUUCUACUCCAUCAUGAAUACCCUUGAAAAGGAUGGAACUUACGAAGUGACAUAACUUCCAACCAGUUGGUUGGGGGCUUAUGAAAUGGUAUCUUCAGUACUUAGUAUCUUGAGAGUACCUUCAGGACAUAAUCUUUAACCAAUGGCAAGGUGAUGGCAAGCAUCUUGAUGGAGUUGCAAGUGGUUAAUGAAAGCUUUUAAUCUUUUUUUUUUUUUUUAAACCGUGCAUGACACUUGGGUGGUUGGGGUUGAAAAGCAAAUAGCUUGGCCAGAAGAUUUAAUGCUCCCCUCACAGUGCCUGAUACUCACAAGCCAAAUCAGGACCAUGAAACUUCCUCUACAGCAGCGGGUGCAGAACUUCUUUCAAUCCAGUAGUUGAAUUCCAUUUCAGAGGGGCUCUUGGGACCAAUUUUCCUGAGGGGAAUCCUUGAUGAUUAUCUUGAGGACUAAAUCUGGUCCUGCACCAGGCUAAGAUUCUGCACCGUUACUCCAGAGUAAAAGGAAAGAUAAAAGCCUAGCUCCAUGCUAGAUAAUUAAUACAAUAUGUGGUUUGAAAUAUGGUGUUCCAGAAACAGCUUGCUUUCUUGAAAUCCAUGGUGCUACCUGCAUCCAACACUUUAGAAACACAGCAAGCAGCCUAACGCCAAAUCAGACCAUUGUUCUGUCUAGUUCAGUACCGCGAUGCUGGUUGGCAGGAGCUCACUGCAGGCUUAGGCAGAUUUUUUCCCCUCCAGCCUUACAUGGCAAUGUCAUUGAUUGAACCUGGGAUGUUUUCUGUACAAAUCAUACUCUGCCACUAAGAUAUCUACCCUGUUCUGGAUUCAAAGCCACAUUAAUUUCAGUGGGACAGUGCAAGAUCACAGCCUUUAUGAAAGACCCAGAAGAAACCAGAUGGUGACCUUUUCCCUCCCAAGCAAUUUUUUAAACUGGUUUAAAAUGGGUCACUUUCUUUUCAGCUGGUCUAAACCAGUCAGCUAUCUGGUUUAUCAAGGACCUCUAUGCUAUAACAUGAAGUAAAUGGGCCAAAUGGCUGAUUGUUCAGCUUUCAGGCAUCCAAGAAACUUCUUAAGACUGAACCAAUUUUCUUAUGAAUGAUUAAUUUUGUGGAUUACCACAUGGUAGCCUUAAAGGACAAACUAAGUUAGCAGUGAGAGAUCAAAAGCAAAAAUGCAAAAAUGCCUCCAGUCAUGGAAAUUAUAGAAAAUGUAUAGUGGAACUAGGCCAUUAACAACAAUACAGAAAUUAUCACAGAUUUACAUGUAAUAAGCCUAAGUCAUGAACACUGGGGAGUGAGGGAAGAAAUAUUUAGAUCUUUUAAAAUAUGGACAACAUUAUAUAAAUAUAUUGGAUAAAUAAUAAUCACUUUAAAAAUCAAGACUUUAAACUUCUUUAUCUGGAACAGAGGCUUAUGGGUCAUGUAGUUGUUGUUUUUUUUAACAUAUGUUACUAAACCAAAAUCUUCUGUUCAAGCAGUUUCAAAAUAAGACUUAUAAUUGUGAACAUACAUAAAGAGGAAAGGCAGUUUGGCAAAUGAGCAUUGCGAGUCUUUACAUUUCUACUCAGAAAUAAAUACUAUUAUAUUCAACAAAAUUUAACUCCGUGGUACGCACAGCAGAAAUGGGAAUUGAAUGCCCACCAGAUGUUGCUGGACAGAAACUCCAUCAACCCUACCCAGUGUAUAGGAUCGCAUGAGCCAUCCUGAGGGCAGGAUAUAAAUGCUUGUAAUGAUGAGGAUGAGGAUGAUGAGAGACUUUCCUGAGGUUUGGAAAACCCUGGCAGUUUUUGUUCACGAGCAGCUUUUCUUUGUGACUAUUGUAAUAGAAUAUUGUAAUAGUACAAUGUUUUCUGUUCAAAGUACUUUUCCACCAUUACAUUUUGUGAGAUAGCAGCAGCUCACCUUUAUUUCUGGCAGUGUGGCAAUCAGUGGUGAUUUCAAACAGGUGCAACAGGUGUUUCAAACUUUCUAGUAUUUUGCCGACACUAGAAAUGUGCAUAUCAGAAAAGCUUAGUCUCACUGUAGUUCUCCAGAUGCUAUCUUGAAGCUUAUUUAACUUGGAUUCAUAGCAGAUUAUGAGCUCUCCCCACUUUUCACAUGAGAAUUUUCAUGCAUGUUUUCCCAAAUACAUGCAUCAACUGUACACCUCUUUGACAUAUGCACAUUCUUUUUCCCUUGGUGAAAGAGUAUUUGUGCACAUUUUUCAAAGAUUCAGAUUUUAAUAUGCAUUUUUCAGAGAUAUGCAUACUGUUGAACACAUUGUUUUUGGGCCCCAAAUCAUAUUGAAAGCUCAAAAUAAUAUGGCUUCACUGCAGAUUGCCUGCAAGUUCAUGUUUAGUCUAAAAGGUGCAAACUGUUUCAGUUCCAGUUAAAAAUGAACAGAAAUGAAUUUCUCCUCCCUAGCUGACAUUAGCUCCAAUCCUCUUACAGUAGCCUACUAAUCAUACAAGCACAGAGAUCCCAUUUACUCCUCCUAAAAAGAACAAAAAUAGUUGUAUUAUUUGGGACUAGUCCAAAAGAGAAAGUGAAAGAGAGAAGGAUGGCCUUACCUAGCCAGCACUGAACUCAAUGAACAGUUUGAUAACUUAGUACAAAUCAGGCCACACUAAACCUGGGGUGAUUAACCUUCCUUCCUAUGGGCCACAUGCGACCCUCAGCCUAAUUUCAUCUUGGCCUAAUUUUCAUGCAGCCCCACUCACCAACAGACUGGUCAAGUUCACACAUCAUGGCAAGGGACACUGUGUGAUUAUCUCAUAGUUUUUUACCUCCUUGUGCCUGACAAACAAUCAGGCUCAUGGUGGCAGUGUUGUGUUCAAGUCCUUUACUCCAGGUCUCAAGUCUUUACUUUCAAGUCCACGUUGAAUCUCAUCAUUGCAAGAAACUGUUGAAUCACGUCUUAAGUCUUUCUGACAUCAGUAUUUCUGAAAUCUAAUGAGCCAACUUUACCAGAAAAAGGGAGGUGGUGGUGGGGUAUGUGUGUGUGUGGUGGUGGUGGUGGGAGUGUGUGUUGUAAACCACUCCCAUGCCAAAAAGCUGAAGCCAUCUGCUUCCCCAUAUUGUACCCCCUCUGCUGAGUUCAUGUCUGCCUCCCAGCCCAUUGCAGAUGCCUUCCUCCAAGAUGGCCCCAGGAUAUCACUGGACUCGAGGCCCCAGCACUAGCCAGAUUGUUAACACAACAAAGAGUCAGAUGACUGCUGUUCCAAACUUUCCCAUGCCAAACCAAGUAACAAACAGGGUAAUACUAAGGUAAAGAGUCUCCAAGGACAAACUGGGAUAUAUUCACAGAAAAACAAUGGAUUUUGCCUGCAGCUAAUUAUUUAUUACAGGCAUUUAUACCCUGUCCUAUUGCUUUGAGUGCUCAGGACGGCUUACAAAAUAUAUAAAAAUACAAUAAAUAUAAAACUACUAUAAAAACAUUAAUUAUUAAAACAAUAUAAAACAUCACUAUAACGUCACUAUAAAAUGCAACUGUUAAAAUGCUGCUAAUUAGAAGCACAGUAAAACAUUUAUUAGGUAAGAUUUAGAAUCACCUUUCUUAAUUCUAAAUUCUCUUUAAGCAAUGCUUAUGAAAAGAAUGUGAUGUGUAUGUUUUUGUUGUUUUGUUGUUAAACUUAAUUUAUACUGUUAAUUUAUAUUAUUUUAAGGAUGUUUAUUUAUGGAUGUAAGCCGCCCCGAGGCUUCGGCGAAUGGGGCGGCAUAGAAGUCUCC